AACGUCCAGAGUUGAGCCAGUUUACCAAUAUCAUCCUCCUCCCAAUUGUCGGCUAUCGAUCUUUGGCUUCCUUACUCAGCGGUGGUGACUAUGAUGGCGAUCAAGUACUCAUAAUAUGGCAACCUGAGAUCCUGGAUAAAUGGAUAGAGAAUCCCUCCAAUAUCAGAUUUGCCGACGAACCGAUAAACUUCUCCGAGAAUUUCGAAGGACCCCCUCCAACUGUCCACGAGUUGUUGGGUCGAUAUCCAAAGGAGUUGAGCGAUCGUGACAAGAGAAUAAUCGUCAAAGAAGUUCAAAAUGAGAUCCUUUCCACUAUUUCUAUACGGAAAGAGAUUGGCAUGUAUAGCACCUGGCAUGAUAAAGCAGCGGCAAAACUUGGUCAUGGUUCACCUCAG